AUGACGGACCCUCACUUCUCUCCUCUUCCUGCCAGCCUCAUGGACACGCAGGAGCCGUACGCUGCAGCCACACCCACCUCUCCUGCCAUGCCUGCGACACCGGACGAGGGCACCGCUGUCUUCUGCGCUGACCCAGCGGUAUGCAGAGCACGUGCCGAGGUGCCCACGAACCAGCUCCCUUCCUUUUUGGAUGCCUUGAUUCCACAGCCCUUCCCGCUACCAUCCGCCUCACCCCAGCCUCUAGCCACGCCCACCCUGGCCGAUCAACCUCACCUGGACCCGAGCUUUGCUGGAACCUUCCUGCCCACCGAUGUGUCACUGCCCUCUCCAACGCUGGCCAGGACAGCGCACAACUUCCGUUUGCCCUCGUUUGAUGUCCUAGGUAUCGCUGUGCCCCACCCUGACCGCAUCCCCUUACACUCGACCGCUUCCUUUUCCUCCCUGGGCGCCGGGCCCCUCUCGAAACCAGAAGACCCUCUCCAUGCGCUCAGCCCACCGUUGCAAUUUCGCAGUCGACUUGACAAGCCCGCCCAACGUCCGGCUGCCAGUCCCAAAGCCACCAGGCAGCACUGGGAACACCAGAUCCCGACCUUUACGCCUCCGACGGAGCCGGGGACGUUCAAUUGGGGAUCGCUCGUGAAAGUGAGAACCGCCGGCGCAGGUUCCCCACCGAGCUCGGAGCCUGGCGUGUCUCCGAAUCUAACCCUCACAGCAAGUGCCGCCGCGCCAGGGCAGGCUCCGAUCAUUGUGCCGACUUACGCGGACGAGAUAAGCGAGGCCGUUAGGAUGGCGGCGUGGGUGCAGAACGUCAAGGACACCCUCAGCACUGAAACAGAAUCACUGGACCUGGCCCAGGUCAAGGUCUUGUCGCAUGCCCUCCCUUGUCCGUCAAUGACGGGCCAUUUGUUCGGUCAGAUCAUCGAAGCCAUUCACGAAAGAACAAACUCGCAUACGUCCUGGAUUAACGUCUUCCAUGCUGUGCCCGGUCGCUUCACCCUCUCAGACCUACCCAGGUCGCCGCCCUCGACACCCGGUCCUGUCGUUGGAGGCGAUGAAUACUUCACCACCAAGGUCUUCGAUAGCGCCGUUGCCAUUCCCGACUAUCAGCUCGAUUCGAAUCUCCUACCGCCAUCUCCGCGACCCGUCGUCCCCCCCCGGUAG